AUGAGUACAGAUGAACAACAAUCAAAUGAUCGAAUUCUUCAUGCAAAAAAUUUGUUGAAGAAAUUCCAAUCAAAGCACACUCAACGUGCCGAAGAUUUUAAUUCAUUUAAUUCUUCAAAUGGUUUGGAAAUUUGUAUUGACCAUAAUAUUUUACAAAAUUCAAAUAAUUCUUGCUCUUCCUCCCCUUCAAUUCUUCCAAAUUUUUCAAAAUCUGCGAGCGAAACGAGAACACUUUUAAAUGAUGGAAAUUUAAUUAAUGGACCUACUGGAAGUUUUACAAGUGAAUUACUUCCGUUUAAUCAAAAGGAAGCGGGAAAUCAGGUUAGGUGCUACUCUGUGCCUGAAAAUUUGAGAAUUGAAGAGGGAGAUUUGAACGGAUCAAGGAGUUUAUUGAUCCAAAAACAAGAAGAAUUGGCCACUGCUCUUUCAAAACUUAAUUCACUUCAUUCAAGUUAUUCAGAAUUAUAUAAUGCCUAUAAUCAAUUAGUGGAGAAAAAUAAUAAUGAUUUGGAUGGAAGAGAGACUCCAGUACAUAUUAACAAUCAAAUACAACAAUUACAAAUUGCUUUAACCCACUCAUUAGAAGAAAAAACUAAUUUACAAAAAGAAUUGAGAGAAUUAAAAACAAAAAUGGAAGAAUUACAAAAUUUAAAAAAUGCUCCUUUACAAAAUCAAAAAAAUGAUUUGUUGACAACUUCCUCGACAACAAAUUUAAUAAAAAAUGACAAUUUUUCUGAUUUACGUUUAGCAAAUAUUCAACAAGAAAGGGAUGAAUUACUUUCAACUGUUUCCAAUCUUUCACAACAAAUUGAAGAAGAAAGGAAAUUAUCUUCAAAUUUGGAAGCUAAACUUUUUUUGGCACAACAAGAUAAAAUGGAUACACAGGUUUUUUAUUCUAAAAUUUUAUUUUUUGGGGGUUUGUGGGCUCUUUAAAAGUAGAUGC